AUGAGUCUCUUAAGACCAUUCACUGCAUCAGAUCUAUUCAACUUCAACAAUGUCAAUUUAGACCCAUGGACAGAAACUUAUUCAGUUUCAUAUUAUCUUCAAUACUUAACUUAUUGGCCUUCUUUAAUAUGUCUAACUGAAUCUCCAAACCAUUCAAUAAUGGGUUACGUUAAGCAUUUACCUCCCCCUUCCCGCGCACAAACCCCUCCAAAGAACAAAAAAAAGCUGAUAAGAUUUCAUUUUUUUAGUGGACAUAUAAGCGCUAUUACCGUUUCACCAUCUUAUCGUCAAUUAUCAUUAGCUAAACAAAUGAUGAACUUGAUUGAAAAAGUUUCAAAUCUAUCUAACAGUUUCUUUGUAGAUCUUUUUGUAAGAGUUUCUAAUUCGAUUGCUAUUAAGUUUUAUGAAGCUUUGGGCUAUAGUGUUUAUAGAAGGAUUUUAGGGUAUUAUGAUGGGUUUGGUCAGAUUGAUCAGGAAGAUGCUUUUGAUAUGAGGAAAAGUUUGGAUGCUGAUCCCAAGGGGUUAUGUGUUAGAUCAAAUGGUAGAGAAGUCUUAGUAACCGAUUUAUUUUAA